CGUAGGCGAAGCCCAGCAAGCUGCCUUGGAUUUGCGGGUGCUGCCGUGUUGUGAUCAGAAUUCUUGCAGCUAUGGCGGCUCUUGCACCACACCACUCGUGGCUGUGCCAAGACCAACGACGGGGCUCCAGCAUUCCUGAUCGAAAGCCCAAUUCGUCGAUGAUAUGUGAAGUUUCAUCUUCAGAGCGGCGUCGGGUGGGCUUCAACAGGGGAACACUGGUAGCGAGCAGUCGGAGUCUCCGGAGGAGAUCGAAUUCUCAUUCCGUGGUCGCUCUUGCUGCAUCCGGAAGCAAUGGAGAGAUGUCUGAAUUGGACACGGUGCUUGCGGAGUUCAUGAAGCAUGUGGAUUCUACUCAACAAAUGUGGCCAUUGGAGGGACGUAAACCCACAGCUCUCAUGCCCCCGACCACUGUUGUUAGAGUUCAGAUGGAUGCAUUGAUGCGCAACGAUUGGCCCGAAGAAGAUAGUGGCAUCAAAACAGCUUUUGCUUUUGCAAUGCCCGCCAGAGUGGAGGAGAUACUUUCUGGCAAGGCAAGGGGUUCAACGAGUUCUGCCAGAGCUUGGAAUGCUGCAGUAAGAUAUUUAACUCUCGAGGAAUUUGGAAAUGUUGUCCGCGACCCCAUGUAUUCACCUCUGCUGAACUUCUCAGAAUGGGAGAUGGUAUCGCCGAUGGUGUUUCAUGGGCCAGGAGAUAAAAGAGGUCUACAAGCAGUGCAAGUGACUUACCACACAGAAAACGGGGACGAAAUGAAAAGGAUCUAUACUUUUUGUUUAGAGAAGGUACUAGCUGGCGCGUACAAAGAUUGUUGGAUGGUUGUAGGUCUUAGAGUAGGUGAUUAUGCCAACGUCUAGUUAAUAGUUUUUCUACCUUGAACGGGACAUUUCUUUCAGAGCUUCAAGUUAGGAUCAAUCUCCUGGUGUAUGUAACAACAAUUUUGACUGAGACUGAAACGAAGAGUUGCAACUCAUUAAAUUGCCUGAAA